AUGGCUGCCCUCCUCGAGUCCUUCAGCGCCGAGCUGACUUCGCUCGGCGAAGAGUUCCAAGAGCUGUACCUGCACGUCCAGCAUGCCCCAAUCUCCUUUAUACUGAUCCUUAUCCUCACCACCGUUGUGGGGUUCGCCGGCCUGUUCUACACCUUCCUUCUCAUUGUCGCGCCCACGCCGCGCCUGCCCCUUCCCUCGGAGAAGACGUACCGCACCAUCCUCCCGGACGGCACCAUCAGCGACCCCAAGCAGCUCCCCUGCUGGCUGGACCAAUGGGCCGCGCGCAACAAGCUGGCCAAGCGCCAGGGCGCAUCCACCGAGGAGGCCCACAAGAUUGAGGAGCCCGAGGUCUUCAUGUCGGUCGUGGUUCCGGCGUACAAUGAGGAGCAGCGCCUGGGCGGCAUGCUGGAGGAGGCCGUCGAGUUCCUGCAGCGCGAGUACGGCGACGCGCACGGCGCCGAGGUCGAGGCCCGCGCCCCGUCCGUCACGGCCAAGUCGCUGAAUGGCGAUGCCGGCGCCGCCAGAGAGACUUCGUCGCGGCGCGUCGGCUCCGGCUGGGAGAUUCUCAUCGUGUCGGACGGUUCCUCGGACCAUACCGAGGAGUACGCGCUCAACUUCGCCCGCGACCACCAGCUCUCGCAGUACCCAACCCCCGUUCCCGGUCCUUGGAAGGCCAAGCCUGGCCCCACGCACAUCCCGCACGGCUCCAUCAGGGUCAUCAGGCUGGAAAAGAACAGGGGCAAGGGAGGCGCAGUCACCCAUGGCAUGCGCCAUGCGCGAGGCCAAUACGUCGUGUUCGCAGAUGCCGACGGCGCGAGCGAGUUCACCGAUCUCAAGAAGCUUGUCGCAGGAUGCCAGGAGAUUGAGGAUUCGCAGGGACGGGGUGUGGGUAUCGGCUCGCGCUCGCACUUGGUGGGGAGUGAGGCGGUUGUCAAGCGCUCGAGACUCCGCAACUUCCUCAUGCAUUCGUUCCAUUUGCUGCUCUGGGUUAUGACGCCGCCUGCCACGUCCAGGAUCAAGGACACUCAAUGCGGUUUCAAGCUCUUUUCUCGCGCUGCCCUGCCUUAUAUCAUCCCGUACAUGCACAGCGAGGGCUGGAUCUUCGAUGUUGAAAUGCUCAUGCUCGCCGAGAGUGCGAAUGUCCCCAUGGCCGAAGUCGCCGUCGGCUGGAAGGAAGUCAUGGGUAGUAAGCUGAAUGUGGUUUGGGACAGCCUAGGAAUGGCCUGGGGACUGGCCGUGCUACGCGCCAGUUGGAUGUUCGGAGUUUAUUCGCGUGCGUAA